ACCAGCGUCAAUUCUGACGUGAAAAUGAUCUGAUGAAACCAAGAUAGAGCAGGCAGACGAUAACUAAUGUAUAAUGUGGUAACUCGAAGUGAUGUUGAGUGUCCUCUGUACUGAGAGCAUAGGUGCGAGGACCAAUCCCUAGGUCAGAGUCGCCGUGUGGUAACUAGAAAUCCUUCGAGUCUUAAUCUUGGCUGUUGGAAAAAAUAAUGGAAUCUGCUUGUAAUAGCGACUCGGUGGUGCGGAUCGAUGCGCAAGCUGGCCACCAGCGUCGGUCACGGACGUUGACGCGCGCGCAGGUUGCUUUGGUCGAGUGGCUCGAGAUCUGUGUCGAGCUCUUUGUGGGUAAUGACCUUGAUCGCGAGAUUUUGCUGGAGCUUCUGCGGCAGGAGCAAUCCGUGAAGGAACAGACCCUCGUUGCGCGACUCAAGGUCUCCGAGGCGCUUCUGCGCGGUCGACUCCGAAGUUUUCCGCGGGGUGUUGUCUGCAUCGAGUCAGAUGUCGGGACUGGCGAGGGAGCAUCUUCUGGUCAAGGAGUUUUGCAGAGCAACGGGAAGGGCGCGAUAACUGACGUGCGUGCGAUGUACGCAGCGGGAAAAGGUGCCCAGACAUUCAUUCGUGUGGCACCGGAUGUUGGGCACGUCUUUGGGUGGAAGUUGCGGUUCAUGGCUGAGGGUGUUGUGCGUGGUGCAGGACCCCCACAUGAACUGCGCCAGUACUACAGAACAUUGCUGGGCUCUUUUCCAACGUUGUUAGCGCAGCAGCAACAGCAAAUACAAGCGAGUGGCGACGGGAGCGGAGUGCGAUACUCCUGUACAUCAAGCAGACUUUUCAAUUUAGUGUUUCACUAUGUGCCUUUUUUGUUCUCUGAGUACUCGCCGAAUCGAGCACCGUUCUCCUGGCUUGUUCAUUCGAAAAGCAACCUCGUAAUUUCUCAGCUCGCAUCUAUAUUUUGCGACUUGGGGAGGUAAUCGUGCGCCUUCGACAUAUUCCUUCUGUCUCUGUUCAGGUGCAGCUCGUUGUCAUGCAACGCGAUACACGCAGCUGGAAGCCGUUGGUUAUCUGAACCCAACGUCGGGAAAAUUCGAAUGCCCCAAAUGUAAGGCAGUGGAGCUCGUUCCGAAAAAGGAAGUAGCUGCUGCAGUGUCUUCGACGCUUCGGGUGGACGGUGAAGAGGUUGCACUCCUCGAUGCUAGACGUGUCGCUGCUGCAUUUCGUAGUACCUCCACAGCUCCACGAGGGGGAAGUACCUCCUCGCAUCAUGUGGAGCAUAAUCAAGCAUGGACGGAUGCCAAGGCCUUAGAAUUUUUUCACUCUUACUGCGGACCCUUAUUGCAAAUAUACGUAGAGUCAUUUCGUGGCCUGUCCUUGCCUUGGUUUCCGUUUGAGACAGAGAAGCGCCAGGAACAGGCAACCCAAUUGGAACAGAGAAACGACGUUUCGAAACAAAAAGUAGCUCCUGUUGUGUUUCCGGCCGCCGUAGCAGAGCAGCCCUUUUUUCUUCGCUCAGUGGGUUUCGGUGACGUUGAGAGAGAGCAACUGGGGCUUGAAACGAAGUCUUCCUCCGAAGCGAGUCUGAACCAACAAAGACGUGCUGUGCAGCAAGUCACAGCCCAUGUUGAGACAAGUAAAAAGAGAGCAGCAUCAACUGGGAAGUUUGAAGAUGGCGAAGAAGAUGAAGAGAACAACUCCGGCGAGAUUCUGGAUGUUUCGAAAGUCUCAAGAGGAACCAUUGAGCAAAACCGUGCCCGACUGAGGCGGGCACAGCGUCUCGCUAAGCGACCGAAGCUUGAUGCUGAAACAAAGUGCGGCUCCGCCAAGCUGGUCUUGCCCGUACAACAAGCUGAACUGCAGAGGCUCCUAAAUGAAGAGGUGAGCUGUAGUGGGACGCGAAUGAGAUUGCGAGAGGUGACGCCAGCAAUGGAGGAAAAAAUGACCGACAACGAGUAUGAGACGCUCUUUUUCAAGAAAGACAAAGUGUUGUGUCUGCACUUCGGUGAGCUGUACCGUGGAAGGUUUUAACAAUGUACCCAUGUGCCAUAAGCCUGUGGACGAUCCCUGAUUCCUCACGCCUUCAAGUAAAUGUUUCCCUUCAUCUUGUUCGACAUCUUCGUCCCCCCCCACGGAAGUGCGCCAAGAACAAUACUUCUUGUAAUACGAGUCCCUCCAGACAGGGACGACAAUGCAUUUGUAGUAAGUAUUUACUAUUUGAGUGUUGACAUCUGACGGGACAAGUUUUUAUGAGAUCGAUUUCUUGGGUUGAUUUGACGAGGCAAUGUUUCUCCCUGUGUUGAGUUGACGAGAACAAACGAG